AUGGAUUCCGCUGCAACUUCACAUCCCUCACGGGGAACAUCUCCCCCUGAACUAGAUACCCCAGUGACUGAGCACAGUCAAUAUGAAUUUUCAAACGACGUGGCCGUUGUGGGUAUGGCUUGCCGAGUGGCCGGGGGUAACCACAGCCCUGAGCAACUCUGGCAAUCCCUCUUGAGCAAGAAAAGCGCCUCAGGCGAGAUCCCAUCAAUGCGCUGGGAGCCUUAUUAUCGCCGAGAUCCUCGGAACGCCAAAGAACUCAACAAGACGACCUCUCGGGGUUAUUUCUUGGAUCGGCUCGAGGACUUUGACAGUCAGUUCUUCGGCAUCUCGCCCAAGGAGGCGGAGCAGAUGGACCCCCAGCAGAGGAUCUCGCUCGAGGUGGCGUGGGAGGCGCUCGAGGAUGCAGGAAUUCCCGCCAAAAGCCUGUCGGGGACCGACACGGCCGUCUUUUGGGGGGUCAAUUCGGACGACUACUCCAAACUGGUCUUGGAGGAUUUGCCCAAUAUCGAAGCGUGGAUGGGCAUCGGCACCGCGUACUGUGGAGUGCCCAAUCGCAUUUCAUAUCACUUGAACCUCAUGGGUCCCAGUACGGCCGUGGAUGCGGCCUGCGCGUCCUCCUUAGUCGCCAUCCAUCAUGGCGUUCAGACCAUACAGCUCGGCGAGUCCAGUAUUGCGAUUGUCGGCGGCGUCAACGCUCUCUGUGGCCCGGGCCUGACCAGAGUGCUGGACAAGGCAGGUGCCGUCUCCUCUGAAGGUUUCUGCCGGUCCUUCGAUGAUGAGGCCAAUGGAUACGGCCGGGGUGAAGGGGCCGCCGCCAUCAUCUUGAAGAACCUCCACCAGGCUAUACACGACAAUGAUCGCAUUCUCGCCACAAUCAAAGGCAGUGCAGUUGCACAGGAUGGAAAAACUAACGGCAUCAUGGCCCCCAACGCCAAGGCGCAGCAGUUGGUGGCCCAGAAUGCUCUGGCAGUCGGCCACGUGGAUCCCCUCACGGUCCGGUAUGUCGAAGCCCACGCCACCUCCACACCACUAGGAGAUCCCACGGAGAUCUCCGCCAUCGCCAGUGUAUAUGGGGCCGGACGGGUUCCCCAAGAUCCGUGCUUCAUUGGGUCUAUCAAACCCAACAUCGGCCAUCUGGAGGCCGGCGCGGGGGCCAUGGGCUUUAUUAAGGCGACUCUGGCCAUCCGAAAAGGUGUCUUGCCUCCGCAGGCCAACCUGAACAAGCUCAACACCCGGAUUGAUUGGGCCAAGGCUGGAGUCAAGGUGGUCCAAGAGGCCACCAAAUGGCCCGAGUCGGAUACCAUCCGUCGCGCGGGGGUUUGCUCUUACGGGUACGGUGGCACCGUCUCACACGCAGUGAUUGAGCAAUUCAUUCCGCUGUCCAGGCCGGAGAUUUUGGCGACGCAGUCGCCAACUGGACCAGGCAUCCUGCUUUUGUCCGGUCCCCAGCAAAAGCGCCUGUCCAUCCAAGCCGAAACCCUACAGAAGUGGGUCCACGAACAUGGACGAGACCAUGAUUUGGCCAGCAUUCUUACUACUUUGGCCACUCGGCGGGAUCACCACGACUACCGGGCUGCUAUCGUGGUCGAGAGCCAGGCAGAUGCAGAAACGGCGCUGGAGGCCCUGGCCAAAGGAGACAAUCAUCCUUUCACCGCACAGGGCAGAGUGCUUGGGACGGACACCAGCAAGGACGUAGUUUGGGUGUUUUCCGGCCACGGGGCGCAGUGGGCGGAUAUGGGAAAGGAGCUACUCAACAACGCCGUCUUCUAUCAGGCAAUUCAGCCGUUGGAUGAACUCGUCCUGUCUUUGAUCGGCCUGUCGCCCAUCGAGCUGCUCCGGACGGGUGAUUUCAAUUCCUCCGACCUCGUGCAGAUCCUAACCUACGUCAUGCAGAUUGGCCUCAGCGCCGUCCUGAAAAGCAAAGGAGUCCUCCCUCAAGGCAUAAUUGGACAUUCCGUGGGAGAAAUCGCCGCCAGCGUUGUAGCGGGAGCUCUGACGCCGGUCGAGGGAGCGCUGAUCGUGACGCAGAGAGCGGUUUUAUAUCGUCGCGUCAUGGGCAAGGGCGCAAUGAUCCUUGUCAACCUCCCAGCCAGCCAGGUCGAGCAGGAACUGGGCCAGCGAGAGGACUUGGUCGUGGCCAUCGACUCAUCGCCUUCUUCAUGCGUGGUUGCUGGUGAUCUGGAUGUCGUGGCCUCGGCUGCGGAGAGCUUCAAGAAACGGGGAGUCAAGACUUUCGCAGUCAAAACCGACAUCGCGUUCCACAGUCCCACACUGAAUAGUCUGGUUGAUCCCUUGGCAGACGCUCUCGCAGAUAAUCUGUCUCCAAGCACACCAGCUAUACCCCUGUUUUCCACCUCACUGGUUGAUCCCCGGGGCCAGGACCAUCGCGAUAUUCACUACUGGACCAACAACAUGGUGAACCGCGUCCGCCUUACUUCCGCCGUCAAUGCCGCGGUCGAGGACGGAUACAGGCUCUUUUUGGAAGUUUCUACUCACCCUGUUGUCUCGCACUCCAUCAACGAAACGCUAAUGGACAGCGGAUUGGAGGAUUUUGCCGUCAUCCCGACUCUGCUGCGCCAGAAACCUGCAGAGAAGCACCUCCUCUAUGGCAUUGCACAGCUGCACCGCCGCGGAGCCGAGGUCAACUGGAAGACACAGCUGCCUGGCCCUUGGGCAGAUGGCCUGCCCACCACCACCUGGAUGCACAAGCCCAUCUGGCGGAAGAUCGAAACUCCUCCGCUUCAUACUGGCCUCACCCACGACGUCGACAAGCAUACCCUGCUCGGCCAGCGCAUCGGCAUUGCAGGCACCAACACCACGGUGUACACGACACGGUUGGAUAAUGACACCAAGCCAUUCCCGGGUAGUCAUCCGUUGCACGGCACGGAGAUCGUCCCCGCCGCUGGUUUGAUCAAUACUUUCAUGAAAGGCACGGGUGGAAGGAUGCUUCAGAAUGUGGUGCUCCGAGUCCCCGUGGCCAUCAGCGCACCACGUUCUGUCCAAAUUGUGGUGCAGGACGACCAGGUCAAGAUCAUGUCUCGUCUGGUUCCGGACGAGCAACAGGCCACAGACGACGAUUCCUCAUGGGUCACCCAUACGACAGCUUACUGGGCGCGGGACGUACUGGGCUCUGAGGACCGAAUCGAUAUCACCGCUGUCAAACAGCGGCUGGGAACCCGGAUCCGGGAUGAUUUCUCCAUCAACUACCUGGACCAGGUGGGAGUCUCUGCCAUGGGAUUCCCGUGGGCUGUUACGGAGCACUACCGCAACACCAACGAGAUGAUCGCCCGUGUCGAUGUCAAUCCCGCCGUCACAGGGGAUGGGUCACUGCCCUGGGACUCGUCCUCGUGGGCCCCGAUCCUUGACGCAGCCACCUCCGUGGGCUCGACUGUGUUCAGUACGGCGGCCCUCCGGAUGCCAGCCCAGAUCGAAAGCGUGGAGAUCUUUACCAAGCAAGAUCCCCCAAAGAUCGGCUGGCUGUACGUCCAGGAGGCCUCCGAUGCCGCCCCUACCUCCCACGUGAGUGUGCUGAACGAGGUCGGGGAGGUCGUGGCUAAGUUCACCUCGAUGCGAUUCUCUGAGAUUGAAGGCACCCCCGGGGUCAGCGGCAGCAUGGAGAGUUUGGUGCACCAACUGACAUGGCCGCCAGCCACUCCUGCCGAAGAGCCCCUGCCCAUUGACACAGUCAUUCUGGUCUCGUCGGAUCCCAUCACGAUGAGCCGGUACGCCGACACUCUUCCCAGGGGAAUCAGAUCAUUCCAAUUCUCGACGGUCCAGGAACUUAUUAGCCAGGACUCCACAUCUCUACCCAUCAGCAAAGCCACGGCGGUUGCCUACAUCCCCCGCGAGGUCAGAUCCCUCCAGGAGAUUCCUGUCGCGUCUGAAUCGUUUACCUGGGAGGUGCUGGAGCUGGUCAAGUUCAUCGUCGAAGGCGCGCUCCCUCUCAAAAUGUUUAUCCUGACCUCCAACGUGGCCGACGGUGAGACUCCAACCGCCCUAGCUCAGGCACCGCUCUUCGGGUUGGCCCGAAUCAUUGCCAGUGAGCAUCCGGAUCUCGGGUGCUUGAUUGAUACAGAAAGUACCGUCUUUCCCCUGCCCACGAUAAAAUACAUCCAGGGUGCCGACGUCAUUCGCAUCAGCGAUGGGGUGGCUCGCACGGCACGUCUGCGCAGUCUUCCACGCAACAAGCGUCGCUCCGACAACCAACCCCCACGACUGCUCCCCAGGCCGGAGGGAACAUAUCUCAUUACCGGCGGAUUGGGUGUUCUGGGCCUCGAAACCGCCGACUUCCUGGUCGAAAGGGGAGCCCGUCGACUCAUCCUCAUCUCCCGUCGGACGCUGCCGCCCCGCCAGACCUGGGACCAGAGUCCCGAGCAUCUUCAACCCGCCAUCGCGAAGAUCCGAGAUCUGGAGACGCGGGGUGCCACCGUCCAUGUGCUGGCUCUGGAUAUCGGCAGCCCAGACGCCGCCGAACAGCUGUCGGCCGCGCUGGAACGUCUCUCCUUGCCGCCCGUCCUAGGCGUUGUCCAUGCGGCCGGCGUCCUGGACAAUCAACUUAUCCUGGAAACCACCCGUGACGCCUUCGCCCGGGUCCUGGCCCCGAAGAUCAAUGGCGCCCUCGCUCUCCACGCGGUCUUCCCCUCGAACACGGUCGAUUUCUUCGUCCUCUUCUCCUCCUGCGGGAACCUCUUCGGGUUCCCCGGCCAGGCCUCGUACGGCAGCGGCAACGCCUUCCUCGACACUCUGGCCGCCCACCGGUCCCGACAGGGCGACACCGCCGUCUCGUUCCAGUGGACCUCGUGGCGGGGAAUGGGCAUGGGCGCCAGCACGGAUUUCAUCAACGCGGAACUGGAGUCCAAGGGGAUCACGGAUGUGACGCGCGACGAGGCCUUUGGUGCCUGGCAGCAUCUGACCCGGUAUGAUAUCGACCACGGCGUUGUGUUGCGCAGCCUGGCGUUUGACGAGGGCGAACCCCUUCCCGUUCCGAUCCUGAAUGAUAUCGCGGUUCGUCGUGUGGGAGAGCGAUCAGGCGCCGCGGAUGCAGCUGGUGGAAGCGGCAGUGGCACUGGUUCAGACGUAAUGCCCUCAUCCGGGCCCGAACUCAAGGCGUAUCUAGAUGAGAAGAUCCGGGGCUGCGUUGCCAAGGUGCUGCAGAUGGCCGCUGAUGAUGUGGAUUCCAAGGCCGCUCUGUCAGACUUGGGAGUGGACUCAGUCAUGACGGUCAACCUGCGACGACAACUUCAGCAGACACUUAAGGUGAAGGUUCCCUCGACGUUGAGCUGGAGUCAUCCCACCGUUGGCCAUCUGGUGGGAUGGUUCGCCGAGAAAGUAGGAAAGUAG